UUUUGGAAACGCAUGGAAACGCAACACUUGGGUUGACCCGAUUGACAGACUGGUUAUAUUCCAACAGGGUCUGCGACAACUGUACGAGGGUGUGACAGCCCAGCAAGCUACUGUAGGAGGCUGUGACGGCCCAGCAAGCUACUGUAGGAGGCUGUGACGGCCCAGCAAGCUACUGUAGGAGGCUGUGACGGCCCAGCAAGCUACUGUAGGAGGCUGUGACGGCCCAGCAAGCUACUGUAGGAGGCGGUGACUGUCUAGCAAGCUACUGUAGGGGGCGGUGACUGUCCACGGGCACUAGUAGGUGGCGGAACUAGACCUUAAACAACUCUUCAGUACAUAAUGUGAAGCAGCAGGGAAAACCUGCAGUUGGUCUACAUUGCAGGAAGAAUAUGUAAAUAUGUUUUCCAAACAUAAUGAAUACCCUGUUAGUUUCCAGUCUACUUGGAAAACUGAACAGUUGUUGGAAGCAGGCAGCACACAAACAGAUGACAUUGUUCAGAAAGAUGGGGACUGCCAGGUUGUGGAGCAAGCUGAGGUUGGGGUCCAGACGGAGGAGGAAGAUGCCAAGCAUUUUGAAAACCAGGGCUAUGAUGAAGCAUCCUUAGCAGCCUUCUUGAAGAGUGUAGCCCCAAAAGUAAUUCGAGAACUAGAAAGGCAAAACAGAAGUCAAGCCUUCCAUGGUUACUCAGCAGCGAAGGAAGAAGAGUCUUUAGGAGUGAAGCGAUUGCAUACCCUACGCUGGAGCCAGUUACAUCCAGAGGGAGUUGUGACAUCCAUUAGUUGGAGUUGUACUGGAUCGGUUAUUGGAGUGUCUUAUGGGUCUAAGGAUCAUGAUGACUGGUGUGAUCACAAGGGUGCUGUUGCUGUCUGGAACAUAAACAGGAGUGACUUUGAUGCAAACCAACCAGAGAGAGUCAUUGAAGCUUCAUCUUGCAUCUUAUCAUUGGCUUUCCAUCCAACCAAUCCAGCACUCUUUGCUGCAGGAACAUUCAAUGGAGAGAUUUUGGUGUAUGACCUGUCGCGCACCGAGGAGGUGACCCCUCUAGUAGCAGGGGAGUGUGGAGGUGGCAGUGUGACCACACUCUCUUGGGUAGAUAAUAUUGCUAGGGAGGCUACAGUGUCUAGAAUGCACAGCACUAUUAUAGCUACAACAAGCAGCGGCUUUGUCCUUGUGUGGGAACUAAACCUCACAAAGCAGCAGCUACCUCUUAAAUCUGGGUUUAUGCUUCAAGGUCAAGAUGCUCCUAGAGGAAUCAGAACACAGAUGGAUGGCUCAAGUGGAGUUGGGAUUACUGCAGCUUCAUUUAAUUCUGAAGAUUCCAUGCUAUUUAUCUUGGGAGCUGAAGGAGGUGGCUUGUUUCUUUGCUCAACUUCUUCCGAGGUUCCAACUGGAGUGGAAUUUUCUGGUGUUGGAUUAAUGAAAUGUGUUUCUUCCACCCUUGCUCCUCACUCAGGACGGGUGAUUACUGCUCAGUUUUCACCUCAUCACCGUAAUGCCAUCCUUUCAGCUGCCUCGGAUAAUCAAAUACGACUUUUCACACUUCUUCAGCCUAACAAGCCAGUAAGUAUAAUACAUGCUGAAGAAGGCAUAGGGUGUGUCCAGUGGUCACUUUCUCGUCCUCUAGUGGUGGCUGUGGGGCGCAUCACUGGUGAAGUUGCUCUCUAUGACUUUGGUCUAAAGAACUGUCAGCCUUUCCUGAUUUUACCAGCUGCUGAGAAACCUUCUUCAAUAACUGCUCUGCAAUUCAACAAAAGAAACAUGAAACUUUUAGCAGUGGGCGAUCAACUUGGCCGAGUCCGUGUGUGGCACUUGCCAAACAGUGCAGUGUCUCCUCUGUCAAGUGAGCUGUCUACUCUUCAUACCAUUUUAGACAAUCUGGUUGACUGAUUUAUUUCUUAUCUCUUAUUCUAGUCACAUUACAUUCUGUAUUAUCCACCAAUAGAAAAUUUUGCUCUAUCAUUAACUUGUACCAGGUGUACAUUCGAAAAGUAGUUGAUGGUGAAAGCAACUGAAUUCCAGUGGUAUGGGCCUCCAGCCAUGGGAAGGCAAAGGGGGGUCUUUCAUCCCACAAAGCUAUUUUUAGGGAUAAGUAUUUGACUGGUUUUCUUGGCCAAACCAGUUCUUGAUCAGUCUCUCAUGAAUGUUACAACUCAGUACCGUAUGUUUACCUAGUAGCUGGAUAUACAAUAAAUUAGAUAAAUACAAUAUUGUAAUUGAUCAGUAA